CCAUACAACUGAGAUAGCGGGAAAUCCAAAGUGACCACGCCCAGCAACAGCAAACGGAUUUGGCUCCUCAUCCGGACGGGCGCAUGCGCAUCCACCACUCCUCGCCGCAGCAACAAUGUCGCAUCGAAUCCUCAACACCUCCAAGCCCACACUGCCGCCUUCGCCGCCGCCGCCUCAGCUCCAACACCCUCCACCGCAACCGCCGCCAAAGCUCGGUCGCCGCGCCGCUGUCGCCAUCGCGGUCUCGCCGGCGCUCCUCGGAAUCACCCCUGUGGUGGUGGCGCCACCGUCCGCCAGGGCGCAAGAAGCGGCACCAGCAGCUCAAGAACAAGAAGUGGUGCCAGCAGCAGCGGCGACCUGCAUCGAUGAGCUGCCGAUCACAGCAACGGCCUUCCUGGACGUGUCCAUCGGCGGCGAGCCGGCGGGCCGCAUCACCAUCGGCCUCUUCGGCGACGCGGCCCCCGCCGGCGCAGCCCGGUUCCUGUCCCUCGCCACGGGCGUCGGGUACCGGCGCAAGGAGUUCGUGAAGGUGGUGCCGGGGUACGUGCAGCACGCCGGCGUGGUGUCGUACCCAGCCCUCCCGGCGGUGACCGACCGGCUGGCCGCCGAGAUGGACGCCGUGCGCGCGCGCUGCGGCGGCGGCGGCGGGACGACGAUGCACGCGGCGGGGGCGGUGUCGAUCGUGGUGCGGGACCCGAGCCUGCCGCCGCCGAGGCCGAAGCUGGUGGCGCGGGGCGGGAAGCUGGAGAUACAGCAGGAGCAGGCGGGCGUGGUGCCCAACGGCACCGAGUUCGUGAUCGCGACCAGGGACUCGCCCGAGCUGGACGCGUCGGCGCUGGUGGUGGGCAAGGUCGUGGACGGCAUGGACGUCGUCGCCAAGAUCGCCGCCGUGCCCACCGUCAAGGACAACAGCGGCUCCGGCUACUUCAAGGUGGCCAAGCUGAUCGGGGACAAGAGAGCGGUGGUUGCAGAGCGAGGGUUCAACCGCCCUUACACAAAGAUUCUAGUCACCAACUGUGGAAUCCUAGAGUAGUAGAGUAGCAGUUCGAGCAAUCGACUGAGCUUCGAGGCAUGUCUUCUUUUUAUCAUUUCAUUCUUUUCCGUACUGCAUCUACUAGGACGCCUCAGUUCGCCCCGGUGAUAUAAGCUUUAUCGUCUCGCUGUUUUGACA